CUCUUCUGGGAGAAGAGGCUACAAGGCCUCAGCGCAUCAGACGUCAGCGAGCAGAUCAUAAAAUCCAUGGAGCUACCGAAAGGUCUUCAAGGGGUUGGCCCGGGGAACAACGACGACACGCUGCUGUCGGCGGUGGCCAGCGCGUUGCACACCAGCUCGGCGCCCAUCACGGGGCAGCUCUCUGCGGCGGUGGAGAAGAACCCGGCCGUGUGGCUCAACACGUCGCAGCCCCUCUGCAAAGCCUUCAUCGUCACGGACGAUGACAUUAG